CAGCACACAACGUAACGAUCAACUCUUUCUUAACGACGCCAUUUCUUAACUGUCAAAGUGUAACUAUUUCAACGUUAACAAAAACUAAAAAGAUUAUUUGCCGUACAAAACUUUCAAAUCCUACACCCUCUAUAAAUACGUACCCACAUAUUAUCUUCAGUAAUCAAAUAAACAGCCCCUCCUUCCUUAAAGCCAUUUUCCCGUCAAAAAGACAGAAGCUAUUGCUUAGUUGCUAGCAAUAAGAAGAAGAAGAAGAAGGCUUAGAAAUGUCAAAAGCAGCAAAGAAUAUGAGAGUUCCAGUGAAGAUAGUUGUAAUCAACACACAAUAUAUAGAGACGGAUGCCAGCAGCUUCAAAUCAGUAGUUCAGAGACUAACCGGCAAGAAUUCCAAUGUAGAGCUGGAGGCAACAGCCGCUCCACCGCCAGCCGCAGCAGCUUCCUACGGCGGUUGGAAUUAUCAAAAUGGUGGAACGUUAAUGGCAGAGACUGAGUCCAAUAUUGCGUGUAAACCAAGUCCAAAUUUAGGGCGGGGGAUGUCAUUCAAUGAUUUUGACAAGUUGUUUAAAGAGUUGCCUCCUCUGGACGACCUUCUUCGCCUUUAUGCAGAUGAAUUUCGUUCUAAUUAUUAGCCCACGCAUGACUUAUUCAUACAUGCUAUUAUAUUGCUUCUUUAUUCUAAUUUGUUGUACUAAAACGUUUCUACUACCAUUAUUUAAUUCAUUCAUUCUUUAUUAUCCCUCUCUAGUUCUGCUGAGCCCCCAAUUUUUUAUGCUCUGGUCAAGUGAGAGUAAAUUUUAUGUAUGGUUAUCUAAUUUUUAAUUUCAUUACACAAAAGUUACUAUU